ACAAAAUCAAAACCCUAAACAAAAUUUUCCUCUACGAUUGUAGUUUAGAACUCAGAUGCAUAAAUACGGCCAUUCAGCCAUCAAAUUUAAGUUUUCGGUAAGCUGCCCACUAAAUGAAUCCUUCCGUCAAGUUAGGUAGGUAACUCCGUUAUGGAUAAACGUUAUCAGGUGGUUACAAUUGAUCCGUUUCCGUUAAGGUUUUGUAGAGUCACCGUUGUUCUAGAAACAGUUACAGGCAGUCGGCAGUUCAUAAAUAAACUGUUAAAAACGGUUGGCGGCUAGGUACUGAAAUUUCCUAAGAAACUGCAACUUGCAGAAUGGGGUUUCGUCUACAAUUUAGUAUAAACAAUUAUUUCAUGAGUACCUAUGGAAUUAGCUACAAAAAGUGUAUUGAUUCGAAUCUGAAAGGUAGAACUUCUCAGUAAAGAUUAGGUUUGUGGGUCCUGCUGAAUUAGUAAAACAAGCCUGCACAAGGCACGUAGGAAACUGUAGCUUUCAUGGCUCUUUUUUAAACUUGACGGAGAAGCCGGAAGUUUGUUAUAUAUUGGAAAGAUAAACUAGUACUGAGCAGAGAGAUUGUGAGUACCUUUCUUUGCAGCAAAAAUGGCGGAGGCCUGUGCUUUCUUGAUUGCCAUGGUGUUUGCCGCAGGGCUUCACGCAGUUCAUGCGGAAAGCCAGGCCUGGAAUUCUUCUUUUGUGGAAAAUCCAGAAAUAGUGGCUGAAAUGGUGGAAAGAGAAAUAAACAGUUCCAGACGAGAGCUCGGUUAUUUUUCCUGCGGGACGGGCAACCCCAUUGACGACUGCUGGCGUUGCGAUCCGAACUGGCGACGUAACAGAAAGAGACUCGCAGACUGUGGCCUCGGAUUCGGCAAAAAAGCCAUUGGAGGAAAGUUUGGAAGAUUUUAUGUCGUCACAGACGCCCAUAACGACGACCCGGUGAAUCCCCGGCCGGGAACUCUUCGCCAUGCUGUGAUUCAGUCGGAGCCUCUGUGGAUAUUCUUCACCGGAGACAUGGUGAUCCAGCUGAAACAGGAGCUCAUUAUGAACAGUUACAAGACCAUAGACGGAAGAGGCGCCAAUGUCCAUAUUGCCUACGGGCCCUGCAUCACUGUACAGUACGUGAGUAACAUUAUUAUCCAUGGAAUUCACAUACACCAUUGCCGCCCUGCUGGAAACGCCAUGGUGCGGAGCUCCCCGACUCAUUAUGGCUGGAGAACAAUUUGCGACGGAGACGGCAUUUCAAUCUUUGGCGCAAAGCAUGUCUGGAUCGACCACUGUUCGAUCUCCCGCUGUGCCGACGGCCUCAUUGACGCCAUCAUGGCUUCCACUGCCAUCACCAUUUCAAAUAAUCACUUCACACACCAUGACAAGGUAAUGCUGCUCGGCCACAGCGACAGCCAUAGUGCAGACAAGAUCAUGCAGGUGACGAUCGCCUUCAACCACUUCGGAGAAGGCCUUGUACAGCGCAUGCCAAGGUGCCGGCACGGUUACUUUCAUGUGGUGAACAAUGACUACACUCACUGGGAAAUGUACGCUAUCGGUGGAAGCGCCGGUCCCACCAUUAACAGCCAGGGUAACAGAUACCUGGCCCCCCAGAAUCGUUUUGCCAAGGAGGUGACGAAGCGAGUGGAAACGGCGCAUGGAAGAUGGAAGCACUGGAACUGGAGAUCACAGGGGGAUUUGAUGCUCAAUGGCGCAUUCUUUACAUCCUCUGGCACAGGCGCAGCGUCCAGUUAUGCAAAGGCUUCCAGUCUUGGAGCACGCUCUGCUUCUCUUGUGAAAGUUCUCACCGGUCAAGCCGGUCCUCUCAAAUGUGGAGGUCGAUCUGGCUCACGCUGUUGACAUUUCUUGCUCUUGUACUGUAAAUAUCAAAUCACGGAAAGAAAAUACGGUCUUCUGAAGAAUUUUUUUCAGUUUUUUGAAGAUUUUUUCCAGACUUGUGAAGAUUUCAGAUUUCUCAUUUCCAACCUCGCCCUGCGAAAUACACUAAACGAAAAGCGGCGGUAAUUUGAAGGAGCUUAGAUUUGCUCAUAUUAUUUACGCUUCGCUGCCUAUUUGUUACAGGCGCGCAAGAGUUGUAAUCCCUCAUACACGUUUGUUUGCGGCAACACUGUUUAUUGCCCGGGAAAUAAAAUUAUUUUGAAUAA